UACAUCAGCCUUUACGCAUGCGGAUGCAUUUGUGUAGGAAACUCCAGGGUCCUGUGUGUUGCUGUUUGCAUCUGAAGGUUACAGCAGUGAGGCUCCCACAGUAUUGAAGAUCUGCCAGGAUGGCUGCGAUGUCCAAAGAGUAUGGGUUUGUGGUGUUGACCGGUGUUGCCAGUAUGAUCAUGAUUGGACACUUAGCAGUCAAGGUUGGGAAAGCCCGUAAGAAGUACAACGUGGAGUAUCCUCGGAUGUACAGUGAUGACCCAGAAAAUGGAAACAUUUUCAACUGUAUCCAGCGUGCGCACCAACACACCCUGGAGAUCUACCCCGCCUUUCUCUUCUGCCUGGCUGUUGGUGGGCUGCACUGUCCUCGUGUAACCAGUGGACUCGGAGCUGUAUGGAUCAUCAGCAGAGAAGUGUACGCACAUGGCUACUCUACAGGCGAUCCUAGCAAGAGGAAGCGAGGAGCGUUUGGGAAUGUGGCUUUGAUUGGGCUGAUGCUGACCACACUCAACUUUGGACGCCACCUGUUGGGCUGGACAGGACCUUUCCGUAAUGCACACCACUGUUGCUAGUGAGGGUGAGGACGUCAGGCUGGCCUCCCUUAUAAAUCGUGACCACUCUACAUACACUAUAUACCCUGAAGCAUGUAUACUAUCCUCUAAACAGUGUCUUGUCUAGUGACCUGACCGGUUCUCCAUGAAGGCAGAUGCUUAUGGGUGUGGUGGCCGGUUGGCUCUCCUACUACACCCUCAAUCUGAAAUUUGUAAUGAGCUGGCUACAUGACUUUUAUAUCAUGUAUUUUUGCAAUAAACAAAGAGCAAGUAAUAAUAGUGUAAACAGAACAGGGAAAUUAGCCUUACAUGAUUUAAAUGUUUCGUACACUAAUGAGCAACUGUGUUUAAAUAAAGUUGUGGUUUCUUAUUAA